AUUCAGCGCGGAAUUUAUAUAUAUAAUAAUACAUAUAUUAAAUAUUUUUCGGGGCUAUAACAAAUCGGUUGGUAUGCGGCCUUGGAUGGUGUUUACGGCGUACAGCGCGUACUAAUGUUUACAUCGAAUUGUUGUCACUCGAAUUUGGCCUUCCCUGCGUACAAUACAAUGUUGAUAUCCGCUCUCAACCUACCGUCUACCGUCAGUCGUGCGACGAGACAUGAAUGGGAUGGAGGCUCCGUAUAUAUCGGAUUAUUUCGAGAAAUUCUACCUUUAUUAUAAUCAGCUAUUAACUCAUAAAUGUGUCGAAACGAUUGUAAUUACGCGAGUGAUGAGUGUCGUAAUCAUGUGCGAAAAAGAAGUAGUAAUGGAUAAAACAUAAAGUGGAAAAGAAGACCCAAUGACUUAUCAAGUGACUGCGGAGCAACUUCGAAACGGAGUUUUCGACGUGAUAAAAUCUGUACGCGCUCCACGUCGAUUAGAAAACGUCGAGGAUCACCGAGCGAUGUUUUAUCUGGACGGAAGAGGAAACGCAGCCGCCGCAAAAUACGACUCGUCGUCGUCCAACGAGGAGGAGAAUUUUGGCUGGUGGCUGAACGAUCGGGAAAUCGCGGCAUUGCAACAUGGCAAGGAUCAUCGAUCAUCCGGAUCGAUGACGUCUUGCUGCGUCGAUUCGGCGGACAGCCGCAGCUUCGCGCAGGAUGUAUCAGGACAGGAGCAGGAGAGCGGGAUCUCCCCGGAGAAAAUCGAGCUCAGCUCGUUCACACGGGACGAUCUGGAUGUCGAUUCGAUUGAAAAAGACGCCAAGGAAGCGAAUAGUUGGUCCAUGGUUGAAGACGACAAUCAGGACAACAUGAGGGAGGAAUUCAAAGCCAUUUGCUACACUCCGGAAAGACUGAUCCGAUCUCAAGAAUACCGAAUACUCGUACCGUCUCCUCGUCGUUUUAUCUUCUCACAAGCGAGACUUAAGCCGGAGAACGAGAGUAGAGAACGAAAGUCUCGCCGUUGCCGAAAACAGUUGGACUGUCUCAUCGAUUCCAAGCAAAUCGGUGCAACGCAGCUAAGGACGCUUCUGAACUUACCAGUCACGGAUGCAAGGAUACACGCGAUUUCCUCGUCUACUUUCGAAUGCGAGCCACGGAUUAAGGGCGAUUUUAACGCAUCGAUAAGAUCGGGUGAUGAUCAUCCAGCUGAUCGAGACCGCAAUGUGCGAAGUACGGGAACGAUCAGCAGCAGCAGGUCAAGCUAUGACAGAUUGAAUUCCAUCGGGGACAACAAGGGUUCGAUCAGCCGGCCACUCUCCCUCGAAGACACUUCCGGUAUACAGAGCACCGAUUGGAGCUUGCAGAGCGAUUCGCGAAGCACUCCGAUGUGUCUCUGCGACGAGCUGGCGAUCGCGUCGAGAGAUUGUAUCGGCAGUUUUGGAAAUGAUCGAAAUAUCGCCAUCAACGAAGUAACAUCUAUCCUUGAGAAUCUUCAAAGCGAUCCCGAAGAAGCAAGGAUUCUGCUAGAGGAAGAGAAUUCUUUCUGCGAUGGCACAUCCUCUCACGAUCGGUUAACCAGAUUGGCUCUGGCCAUAGAAACGGACGCUGAAGUACCGCCAACAGUUUCCGAUUCGAAUAAUUGGAUACGCCAUCUUCGCGAUAAAAUAGAACGGCUGCAGCUUGGCAAUAAAGAGAUACACAGAAAUAUAUACAGUUUAUGUACAAACUUUCAAUCCGACGAAAAAAAAGCGGUUGAUUUGUCGAGUGAUACAAGGAAGCUGGUAGAAGAUAUUCAUGAGCUGCGAUAUUUCGAUGAUCUGUUGAUGCUCCUAGAAGGAGAACUCGAAAGGAUCUCCAGUAGAAAUUGGCCAUUUGUUCUAGGACAUAGUGAGCCUCGCGAAGAAAUGAAUCUAAUCAUCUGAUUAUGAUCUCAAAGACCGCUGUGGAUCUCGAGAAUCGUGAUUACGAUUUCAAAGAUCAUUAUGAAUGCUCGAGGUAAAAAGACUUUUUUCGUCAAGAGAAUGCAAAUGAUAGAUUCUUAUGGCUUUUUUUCUUCGAUUUUCCCGAGUUUGAGAUUCAUAAAAGAAAAGCUCCUUUUUUCGGCUCGGUGACUUAAGUAACCGAUGGAAGAGUCUAAUGAUCCAAAAUAAUUAAAAUACGUAAGUAAUCAUUUAGACUAAAGUAUGAUUAGCACAAAAGAUCGAAUUGUAAGAAUUUCCAGUUCUGUUCUAAAGCGAAUGAGAUUAUCUUCUUUUCUGGCAGAAGCCAAUUUCGUGAUAUUUUAUUGAAGGCAACAUGAAUCUCGUAUAAAUAAUUAUCAAGCUUGAUACUGCAAUUUGACAUAUACUACAAAUGAAUCUCAUUUUACAUAUUUAAAAUUCGUUUUCAUAAAAUUUCAAUAAAACGUCGAAAUCUGAAACCAAAUCCUUAUAUAUUCACAUAUCGCUAAUC